AUGGUACGUUCAUUCCAGUUCAAUGUGGGCGAAUUCGAGGGCAGCAUCCGGACCGAUUCGACGCUGGAGUACUUUGUGUCCGAGGGUUGCUACCAGCCGGAGGAACAACUCGAGAACAAAAAGUCCCUCAAGCUGGAGGUGUGCGCAAUCGACGAGUAUGCACCGGCGGACGACGCCGAAGAUCUGAAGGACGGUUACAUCCUGGACGUUGAUCUGGACUACUUUAGCACGCACAAUCCGUUCCUGAAGAUCUACGACAAGGUGGGGCUGUACGAUAAGCUGAAGGAGAUCUUCAUCUCGCCGGAACUGGCGGACAGCAACGAGAGUGAUUUGGAAAAGUUGCAGCGGAUUGCGAAGAACCGCGAGGAAAAGUUGGAGUUUUUGGAGUCGAUGUUCCUGUACCUGGAGGAGGUGGGCAAUUUGAAGCACUUUUUGGUGGAUUAUCAGCAGGAAAUUAGCGAAGAGUACACGCAGCUGCUUGCGAAAGUGUCCUCGCUGGUGGGGGUCUUGAAGAAGGAGUACGCCGAGGAGGAAAUUGACUGGUCCAUGAUUUACGAUGCCGGCUGCACGUGCGACAUCACCGACCUGCCCCACCACGAGUCCAGCCGGGAAGAAAUCGUAGCGAUGAUCGGUCAAUUCGAGGGCUUCCUGGCGCGACUUCCCGCCCCGCCAACGGUCGUGACCGUGUCCCGGUCGAGCGAGGACGAUUACACGCCCGCGGACCAGGUCGAGCUGAUUCAGGAACUGGUGCUGGCGGCGCUUCAAAAGUGCCUCCGCGCCGAACUCGACGAACCCAUUCUGUACUAUAAGGACCAGGAGUUUAAGCUGUAA